UUUUUGUUUAUAAAUGACAACUUCUUAACUAUCAUUUAAGAAAUUAAUUCUCUCCAUUUUGCUCCUUCUAAAAAAAAAAAAAAAAAAAAAAAAAAAAAAACACUCUCUCUCUUUCUCUCGCCUCCGUCCUCCACCGUGCAUCGCUACCAUGGUUCUAUCUAAGGCCGCCUCGGAGUUUGAUCUCUCCGUCCAUUCCACCUUUGCUUCGCGUUAUGUCAGAGUUUCUCUCCCUCGGUUUAAGAUACCAGAUAAUUCAAUACCAAAGGAUGCAGCAUAUCAAAUAAUAAAUGAUGAAUUAAUGUUGGAUGGAAAUCCAAGGUUAAAUUUAGCAUCAUUUGUGACAACAUGGAUGGAACCAGAGUGUGAUAAGCUAAUUAUGGAUUCAAUUAACAAGAACUAUGUUGACAUGGAUGAAUAUCCUGUCACCACUGAGCUUCAGAAUAGAUGUGUAAACAUGAUAGCACAUUUGUUUAAUGCACCACUGGGUGAGGGUGAAGCGGCUGUUGGUGUUGGAACAGUUGGAUCCUCAGAAGCCAUUAUGCUUGCUGGAUUAGCCUUUAAGAGAAAAUGGCAAAACAAAAUGAAGGCCCAAGGGAAACCCCAUGACAAACCCAAUAUUGUUACUGGGGCCAAUGUCCAGGUAUGUUGGGAGAAAUUUGCAAGGUAUUUUGAAGUAGAAUUAAAAGAAGUGAAAUUAGAGGAUGGAUAUUAUGUGAUGGACCCUGAGAAAGCUGUGGAAAUGGUUGAUGAAAAUACUAUUUGUGUAGCUGCUAUUUUGGGUUCAACACUUAAUGGAGAAUUUGAAGAUGUUAAACGUUUGAAUGAUCUCUUGGUUGAGAAGAAUAAUGAAACUGGGUGGGACACACCAAUUCAUGUUGAUGCAGCAAGUGGUGGAUUCAUUGCCCCAUUUAUUUAUCCAGAAAUUGAAUGGGAUUUUAGAUUACCAUUAGUGAAAAGUAUUAAUGUAAGUGGUCAUAAAUAUGGUCUUGUUUAUGCUGGUAUUGGUUGGGUUAUUUGGAGAAACAAAGAAGAUUUGCCUGAAGAACUUAUUUUCCACAUCAAUUAUCUUGGUGCUGAUCAACCUACUUUCACUCUUAACUUCUCUAAAGGUUCUAGCCAAGUAAUUGCACAAUAUUAUCAACUUAUUCGCUUAGGUUAUGAGGGAUACAAGAAUGUUAUGGAGAAUUGUGAAGAAAAUGCAAGGGUACUAAGAGAAGGACUUGAAAAGACAGGAAAAUUCAACAUAGUUUCCAAAGAAAUUGGUGUCCCAUUGGUAGCAUUCUCACUAAAAGACAAUAGUAGACACAAUGAAUUCGAGAUUUCAGAUCACCUUAGAAGGUUUGGGUGGAUCGUGCCAGCUUACACGAUGCCACCCAAUGCUGAGCACAUGACCGUACUCAGAGUUGUGAUCCGGGAAGACUUUUCCCGGACAUUGGCUGAGAGGCUCGUGAAUGACAUUGUAAAAGUCCUUAAUGAUAUAGACGCUCUCCCGGCUAGGGUCUCGGCUAAGUUAGCCGCGGCGACCGAGGAGCGUGAAGGUGUGCAAAAGAAAACAGCAAUGGAAGUGCAAUUGGAAAUCACCAAUAUAUGGAAGAAAUUUGUUGCUGAUAAAAAGAAAACCAAAAAUGUAAUUUGUUAAAAAAAAAAGAGUUUAAUUAAGAAGAAUUAGAUUGUUCAUUGAGUUGUUAAUUAUUUUUUUUUAAAUUUUGUGUGUUGUUUUAGUACUAAGGUAUUUUGAAGGUCCAAUGGGAGUUGUUUGGACUUCUUUUGGUGUAACCUUUUGGGAAAAAAUUAAAGAAAAAUUCUGAUGUGUUAUUUCUAGAA